CCGCUGAUAGGGCUCUCUCACAGCGGCAGCUUUCUGAGCAGAAACCACUUCUACCCAAGAAGAAGGAGGAGAACAAGAAGAACACUUGAAGAAGUCUUCACAUUGAACUGUACGAGGACCUGGAUGGACCAGAACUCUGAGAAACCACUUCCACUGGUCCCUGUUGUGUUUUACUGGUUCAGUGACUGCUGACAGACUCCAUCGUCCUGCUGGGAGACUUCAAUGCAGACGUGGACGAUGAGGGAGACACCUGGAGAGGCUCCAUCGGGAGGAGUGGCUCCUCUGACCUGAAUCCGAUCCCGUCAUAGAUCGUCCAUAACGAACACCACCUUCGAUCAUGAGGAUAUUCAAGUUUUAAUUAAAUCCUAUGGUGGCUCCUCCCACUUCUCUGACCUCAAGAGGAGGAAAAAGACAACCGAACCAAGAAAAGACCUGAAGUGGAAGAAGAAGUCCACCUCUUCUCCUCCUUUCUCCUGUUACCAUGACAACCUCAAAGGACAACCUUCCGGCAAAUCAGGACAUCUACUCAGACUCAGGGGAGGAGACGUCAGUCACGUUGUCAGACAACAAUGAGGGGUUACCGUGGCAACCAAACGAGAAGGAGGAGCGUGACGAAGAGGAGACAGUGGCAGUGGCAUCGUCUCCGGACGGACGAUUCCUGAAGUUCAACAUCGAGAUCGGACGAGGAUCCUUCAAGGCGGUCUAUAAAGGACUCGAUACUGAGACAACCGUGGAGGUUGCUUGGUGUGAGCUGCAGGUAACAACUCAUCGUCUCUCCAAGUUGGAGCGUCAGAGGUUCACGGAGGAGGUGGAGAUGCUGAAGGCUCUGCAGCACCCCAACAUCGUCCGCUUCUUCGACUCCUGGAAGUCAACACUGAGGGGCCACAAGUGCACCAUCCUGGUGACCGAGCUCAUGACCUCCGGGACCCUGAAGACGUACCUGCGGCGGUUUCGUCAGAUGAAGCUGAAGCUGCUAAAGCGUUGGAGCUUCCAGAUCCUUAAGGGGCUUCAGUUCCUACACUCCCGCUGCCCUCCUAUCCUGCACCGAGAUCUGAAAUGUGACAACGUCUUUAUCACCGGACCCAGCGCAUCAGUGAAGAUCGGAGACCUGGGCCUCGCCACGCUGAAAAAGGCCUCGUUCGCCAAGAGCGUGAUCGGGACCCCGGAGUUCAUGGCUCCAGAGAUGUACGAGGAGAAGUACGACGAGGGCGUGGACGUCUACGCUUUCGGCAUGUGCAUCCUGGAGAUGGCCACGUCCGAGUACCCGUACUCCGAGUGUCAAAACGCUGCCCAGAUCUACCGCAAAGUCACCAACGGAAUCAAACCAGACAGUUUCCUCAAGGUCUCAGUCCCGGAGCUCAAGGAGAUCAUAGAAGGCUGCAUUCGUACCAACAGCAGCGAGAGGUUCACGGUCCAGGACCUUCUGGACCACCGGUUCUUCCAGGAACAGCUGGGGGUCCAUGUGGAGCUGGCCGAGGAGGACAAAGGCUCGAAGGCGGCUCUGAAGCUCUGGCUCAAGAUGGACAACAACAAGAAGCUCCACGGGAAGUACAAGGACAACAACGCCAUCGAGUUCCUGUUCGAGCUGUACAAAGACAUCCCGGAGGAGGUUGCCCAGGAGAUGGUGGUGCUGGGGUUCUUGUGUGAGGCCGACUACAUGCCGGUUGCCAAGGCGAUCAGACACCGGGUGACGGCCGUGAAGCGGGAGCGAGAAAAACAAAGGCGACUGCUGGAGGACACUUUAAAGAAGGAAGCCGAGGAGUCCGACCCCUCCCCCUGGCAGGACUCCUCAGCAAGCAGAGAGGAUUCUGGGAUCAGCAGCAGGACAGAAGGAGAUGGAAACACUACAUCGGACUUUGAGAUGGACGGAGGCUUCACCUACACAGGUGUGCCAGGGAAGGUCGAAGCCGCGCCCCCCCACUCUGUACCCGCCCCUGCACCACUGCCUCAAGAAACCAUUCAACAUCAGGCUCCUCCCCCUAUCAUCCGGCCUCCGCCCAAAGCUCCGCCUCUUCCCGUGCUGCGUUUCCCCAAGAGCAUUGCCGUGUCCCACAAUGCUGAGCGACAGCCAUCUGAGUCCGUUUGUGGCUUUUCUUCACCUAUUGAGAGCAACGCCUCCGACUUGACCUCGGGUUUGAGUGACGGCAAUGAGGGCCAAUCAGAGAGGGGCAACCAGGAAGUUGGAAGACAGGCGGCCACGAAGCAGCUGAGCCGGCGAGCGAAGGCUCGCCUCAGAAUCACCGGGGUAACCGACAUGGCGGACCGCGUGGUGGAGUGUCAGCUGCAAACCCACAACAGCAAGAUGGUGACCUUCAAGUUUGACUUGGACGGAGACAACCCGGAGGACAUCGCCUCGGUGAUGAUCCACAGAGACUUCAUCGUGCCGUUAGAACGGGAAGGGUUCAUCCGCCGCAUGUACGACAUCAUCAGGAGGGCGGAGUCUAUGAUGCUUCGACAGCAGCUGGCCGACAGCGCCGGGUCGCCCCACCUUUCCGCCCCCCCCACGCUUAACGACUCACCUAGCAUGGCGCCAACACGCGGCCUCGCCAGGAGCCCGUCAUCACUUCCUGAUCCAGACUCCUCCCCCUCAAAGGGAGACUUUUACAUUGCUGGUGAGGCCACACCCCCCCUCAGAGCGCUGAGGUCCCCGUCCUUUCACACCUCCUCAGCUUCCUCCCAUCAGCCUCCUGUCCAUUACCCCCCGCCCGACUCCACCCUUUCUCCUGUGUAUAACACCCCAUACCCCCCCCACGGCUCCACAACCAGCCUCCACCGAGACCACAGUAGCUCCUCUCUCCUCACCUCCUCCCCCUUCUUCUCCCCUACCCCCUCCCUUCGUCCUCACUGGCCCGCCCCCGACCAGCCACUCUUCUCUCUGGCCAAUGUGCUCUCUCUGGCCAUGAGCAUGGCUCAGUCCUACUUACCCCCCACCGGGACCCCCAACCAGGGCUUUCCCCCCCAGAACCCCUCUCCCCCAUUCCCUCCCCCCAUGUCCCCUUCCAUGGGUCCUGAGUUCUUCCCUUCAGGCCAUGGCUCCUUCUCUGCUUCCUUCUCCUCCCAGCUGUUCAGCCCCCCUAACCCUCCACCAGGCUCUGCUCUUGACAGCCAGCUGGGGGCUACGCCCAGCCAAAUCCACAACGCACCUGAGGCACAGCCUCUUAGCCCCGUUCAGGUGGAGGUUGGCUCAGCUCCGCCCCCUAAAGAGACCGUCUCUCCUCCCAGUCCAACCGCUCAUCUCGAUACCGUCCAGGUGACCCCCACCCGACCGGAAGGGAACAAAACUUCAGUCUUAAACGUUGGUCGUUUCCAGGUGACGCCCACUAAAGGCCUUCCUACUGCCCGUCCACAGGAGCCACGCCCCCUCCACCAGGCCACGCCCACAUCACACUCCCCACCCCCCUCCAGUGCAAACCAAUCAGGAAGCUCAGAAAGCAGCGACACAGGGCUCAGCGAAUCAGAGAGCAGCACGGUGGUUGUUUCCCCGCCUGUUCAUAUUCAGGGUUUCCAUGGCAACCCUCAUGGACAGGAGGAGAAGGAGGAGGAGGAGGAGAAGAGGACGAGGGGGGGUCGAAGACUGAGCAUUAACGUGGGAGAUGGUUCAGCCAGCAGCCAAUUGUGGAGCCGCUCCGCGCUUUACAUCAGCUCUGACGAAUCAGAGAGUGAGAAUGAGGAGAUGUGGGCGGAGCUCCGAGAGCUACGCAAAAGACACCACAUGGAGGUGCAGAACCUUCAAGCCAAUCAGAAGCAAGAGAUUGAGGGGCUGUACCAGAGGAAAGGUAAAGUCCCGCCCCCCGGCAUCGUCUCACCGGCCGCCAUGUUGAACCACCGCCAACGCCGCCUCUCCAAGACGGGGACCCACCCUCCUCUUCGCAGUAACAGCCUGCAGAGACCGGAGGUGCUGCACCCUGCAGGGAUCAUGAGGAAGAGCUCGUUUGGAUCUCAGGAGAGAGCAGCAAGAGGCGUGACCUUUGCCCCCAAGCACAGCGGCACCAUGAGCUCACACAGCCAAAGAGCAGCUGCAGACUGACGGGACAAAGAAACCAGAAAUGAUGAUUGAAGAUGUUAUCAACAUUUAUUUAUACUCAGGAUGUUUCAAACGUUUCAAAGAGAUUUCCACUUAUGUAGCAAAAUAUAGUUUUAAUUGUGUCAUUUAAUUAGAAUUACACAAUGAAAGAUAAAUACAUUAUUUUUGGAUGAAUAACAAUAUAUAAACAUGAAGAAACAUGAAAUGAUCUGUUAUUAUCUGUUCAGUUAAUUGUGUACUUAACAGUUUAUGACAUGUGAUGUCUUUUUAUUCAGUUUAUUAUUUAAACAAGACUAAUGUUAUGGUUUUUUUAUCAAAGGAUGAAACGUGUGAACUACUGUGUGUGAUCUAUUACUCAUCUAAUAAAAGUAAAUUAAAACAGCAUAAUUAAGAUGAUGCUUUUGUUUAGCAUGAUGCUAAACAGUAGGUAUUGCAUGUGUGUAUAGUGUGUAUAGUGUGUAUAGUGUGUGUAUAGUGUGUAUAGUGUGUAUAGUGUGUAUAGUGUGUACAUGUCACAGACCCAGGUGGUGUCAGGGGUCUCCAUCGGUGGGAGAACUUCUAGUGGUCCUCCCGAUCGUCCAAUCAGAGAGCAGAAGGACCUGUGUCCUUGUGGGGAGGGUGAUGCUGAAUAUGGACCCAAAUCCACUUUAUUUGUAACUUUUAUUUUUUAUUUAAAAUCCGUCUUAUCUUAUAUUUAAAAUUGAAAGAAAAUAAGGAAACUAAUAAUGACAAAUAAAAAAUAGUGUGAAAUCGUAACUUGCGUUACAUUAUACGCAACAUGUAUUUUAUUCAUGUUUAAAUAAUCCUAAAUCAAAUGACUGCACAUAUUGUUUCAUUCCUGCUUUCAGUCACUGUCGCUUUCUGAAGGAC